CUUCAUUUUCUGUGGCCAAAUUAAUUCUUCAUGGUUCCAUGGUUCCAUGUUUCUCAAUACAACACUUUGAUUUGAUGACCUUUAACUCUAUAAAUCCAAAAGAUGCUGCAAAAACAAGUGAAAAAAAUGGCACCCACAACACUUUUUCUCAUGCACAUUUGGUUUUGGAUCACAUGCAGUGUCAAUGCCACAAGGCCUUCACCAAAAUUCCCAGCCAUUCUAGUCUUUGGUGAUUCAACAGUGGACACUGGCAACAACAAUUACCUCAAAACAGUGGCCAAGGGUAACCAUUUCCCCUAUGGCAAAGACUUUCCUGGUAAAGUUCCAACAGGCAGGUUUUCUAAUGGAAAACUUGUCCCUGACUUCAUUGCCUCCCUCUUAAAGAUCAAAGAAGCCGUUCCUCCUUUUCUUGAUCCAAGCCUUUCAAACAACGACCUUGUCACCGGUGUCAGCUUUGCGUCAGGGGGAUCUGGAUACGAUGAUAUAACUGCUGCCGUUGUCGGGAUCAUACCAUUUUCAGAGCAGAUAGAGUUGUUCAAGAAAUACAUUGUGAGAGUUGAGGGGAUUUUGGGGGAAAAGGAGGCUGACAAGUUAAUUAAUCGUGCACUUGUUAUAAUAAGUGCAGGUACCAAUGACUUUGGUUUUAAUAUCUAUGACAUACCCACAAGAAGAUUAGAGUUCAACAUUACUGGGUACCAAGAUUUUCUGCAGAAAAAGCUACAAAUGUUCAUUAAGGAACUAUAUGAGCUUGGAUGCAGAAAAAUCGUAAUAACAGGGCUUCCUCCAAUAGGCUGCCUGCCCAUACAAAUAACUGCAAAAUCUGGAAAUCCAAAGAAUAGAAUAUGUGUAGACAAUGAGAAUUCAGAUGCCCAAAUUUACAACCAAAAGCUUGUAAAACUAUUGCCCAAGAUACAGUCACUCUUUCCAGGGAGCAAAAUUGUCUAUGCAGAUGUCUAUGAGCCAUUAACUGACAUGAUCAACAAUCCACAAAAAUUUGGUUUUGUGGAAACAAAGAGAGGCUGCUGUGGUACAGGGCUUGUGGAAGCAGGGCCUCUGUGCAAUGCAUUGACACCACUAUGUGCCAAUGACUUGGAGUACUUAUUUUGGGACAGCAUACAUCCCAGUGAAGCUGCCUACCACUACAUUUCUAAGUACUUGGAGAAGGAAGUCCUUCCAAAGCUUGCUUAUGAUCAUCAAUCACAGCAGUUGAUUAGUCUAUCCGAUCUAACAGAUGAUCGAUACUGAUAAUGAACUUCUCCGUUCGAGUUCCAUAUACAUCUGGUUUGUAAAGUCAUUUACUUGAUUUCUAUGCAACUAUCAAGGGAAAAUGGAAAUCGCCAAUAUUAAUGCAGCCCAAUUAAAUC